AUGCACAACUAAACUGCCUAUUGUGACACAUACCGCCGGCAGAAAGUGAGCGGUCUUACUACACUCUACAGUACUAGUUUUAGUUUUGGUUAUAAAACUUUGCCUUUCGAUGAUUAAAAUGUCUUACUGGAAACACGAUACAGGAACAAUAACUUUGUACUGAUAGUGGCUGUUUGGAUUAUAAAGACAACAAAGAUGAGUGACGGACGUCGUACCCAGGUGGUGUUACUUGAUGAUAAGAGGGUGGACCUUGUGGUGCAGCCUAAGCUGCUAGCAGGGGACCUUCUUGAUCUUGUUGUUUCUUACUUCAGUCUCAGGGAAAAGGAAUACUUCGGACUGGCAUUCGCCGAUGAAUCGGGCCAUUAUAACUGGCUACAGCUGGAACGGAAGGUUCUAGACCACGAGUUCCUCCAGAGAUCUGGAACCCUGAUCCUCUACUUUCAAGUCCAGUUCUUCUGUGAGAGUAUAGCACAGCUGAGGGACAGUAUAACGAUUGAGCUGUUUUACCUCCAAGCAAAAGGCUCCAUACACAAGGGUGACAUCGAGGUUGACAGUGAGACUGUAUUUGAGUUGGCCGCGUACGUACUGCAAGCAACGGAAGGCGACUUUGUCAGUGAUCCCAAAUCUAGGAAUGACUUAAAGACUUUACCAGUACUACCUCAGAGCACGUUGAGGGAGCAUCCAUCGUUGCCUUACUGCGAAGAGAAGAUUAUAUUCUACUAUAAACAGCUUGGAGGGCUCAGUAGAGGGCAGGCUAUCAUCUGGUGAGUACAACAAUACGAUUCGAUCCUCAAAA